GUGGCGUCGGGCACGCGCACACGUUGCAUUUUCUUUCGUCGGUCACCGUGGUUAGUGUGCGGGGCAGGAGGCACGACAGGUAGCUCUGCAGAGCAGUGGACAUGGCGGCGCUCUGUCUCACCGUGAAUUCAGGAGACCCUCCGCUGGAAGCUUUGCUGGCAGUAGAACAUGUGAAAGGUGAUGUCAGCAUUUCUGUUGAAGAAGGGAAGGAGAAUCUUCUUCGUGUUUCUGAAAAUGUGGUAUUUGCAGAUAUAAAUUCCAUACUUCGCUACUUGGCUAGAGUUGCAACUACAGCUGAGCUGUAUGGCGCUAACCUGAUGGAACAUACUGAGGUUGAUCACUGGUUGGAGUUCAGUGCCACAAAAUUGUCUUCAUGUAAUUUGUUUACUUCUGCAAUCAACGAGCUUAAUCAUUGCCUGUCUCUGAGAACAUAUUUAGUUGGAAAUUCCUUGACCAUAGCUGAUUUAUGUGUUUGGGCCGCCCUAAAAGGAAAUGCUGCAUGGCAGGAACAAUUGAAACAGAAUAAAAUUCCAGUUCAUGUAAAACGCUGGUUUGGCUUUCUUGAAGCCCAGCAGGCCUUGCAAUCAGUAGUUACCAAGUGGGAUGUUUCAAUAAACAAAACUAAAGUGGCACCUGAGAAAAAACAGGAUGUUGGGAAAUUUAUUGAGCUUCCAGGUGCAGAGAUGGGAAAGGUUACUGUCAGAUUUCCUCCAGAGGCUAGUGGUUACUUACACAUUGGGCAUGCAAAAGCUGCACUUCUGAACCAGCACUACCAGGUGAACUUUAAAGGGAAACUCAUCAUGAGAUUUGAUGACACAAAUCCCGAAAAAGAAAAGGAAGAUUUUGAGAAGGUUAUCUUGGAAGAUGUUGCCAUGUUGCAUAUCAAACCAGACCAGUUUACUUACACUUCAGAUCAUUUUGAGAUUAUAAUGAAAUAUGCAGAGAAACUAAUUCAGGAAGGGAAGGCUUACGUGGAUGAUACUCCUGCUGAGCAGAUGAAAGCGGAGCGUGAACAGAGGAUAGAGUCUAAACACAGAAAGAACUCUGUUGAGAAGAAUCUACAAAUGUGGGAAGAAAUGAAGAAAGGGAGCCAGUUUGGUCAGUCCUGUUGUUUGCGAGCAAAAAUUGACAUGAGUAGUAACAAUGGGUGCCUGAGGGACCCAACCCUUUACCGCUGCAAGAUUCAACCUCAUCCAAGAACUGGAAAUAAAUACAAUAUUUAUCCAACAUACGAUUUUGCCUGCCCGAUAGUUGACAGCAUCGAAGGUGUUACGCAUGCCUUGAGAACAACAGAAUACCAUGACAGAGAUGAGCAAUUUUACUGGAUCAUUGAAGCUUUAGGCAUAAGAAAACCGUAUAUCUGGGAAUACAGUCGCCUCAAUCUCAACAACACAGUGCUGUCCAAAAGAAAGCUCACGUGGUUUGUCAACGAGGGAUUGGUAGAUUUGGAUGACCCCCGGUUUCCUACUGUUCGUGGUGUUCUGAGAAGAGGGAUGACGGUUGAAGGACUGAAGCAGUUUAUUGCUGCUCAGGGCUCUUCACGUUCUGUUGUGAACAUGGAAUGGGACAAAAUCUGGGCAUUUAACAAAAAGGUUAUUGAUCCAGUGGCCCCACGAUACGUUGCAUUGCUGCAGAAAGAAGUGGUCCCAGUACAUGUCCCUGAAACACGGGAGGAGAUGAAAGAAGUAGCCAAACACCCAAAGAAUCCUGAUGUUGGCCUGAAGCCUGUGUGGUACAGUCCUAAAGUUUUCAUAGAAGGUGCCGAUGCAGAGACUUUUUCAGAGGGUGAGAUGGUUACAUUUAUAAAUUGGGGGAACAUCAACAUUACGAAAAUACACAAAAAUACAGAUGGAAAAAUUGUAUCUCUUGAUGCAAAACUAAAUUUAGAGAACAAAGACUACAAGAAAACGACUAAGAUCACUUGGCUUGCUGAGACUUCACAGGCUCUUCCUAUUCCAGCAAUCUGUGUCACUUAUGAGCACCUGAUCACAAAACCAGUGCUGGGAAAAGAUGAGGACUUUAAGCAAUAUGUCAACAAGAACAGUAAGCACGAAGAACUAAUGCUAGGGGAUCCUUGCCUUAAGGAUUUAAAAAAAGGGGACAUUAUACAGCUCCAGAGAAGAGGAUUCUUCAUAUGUGAUCAGCCUUAUGAACCCAUUAGCCCCUAUAGUUGCAAAGAAGCUCCAUGCAUUUUGAUACACAUUCCUGAUGGACAUACAAAGGAAAUGCCAACCUCUGGGUCAAAGGAAAAGACCAAAGUAGAAGCUACAAAAAAUGAGAUAACUUCUCUCAAGGAAAGACCAACUCCUUGUCUGAAUUAUACUUGUGCUACACCUGAGGAUUCUUUGGUGCUUUACAACCGAGUGGCUGUUCAAGGGGAUGCAGUGCGUGAAUUGAAAGCCAAGAAAGCAGCAAAGGAAGAUGUAGAUGCAGCCAUAAAACAGCUUCUGGCUUUGAAAGCUGAGUACAAAGAGAAAACUGGCCGAUACAAACCUGGAAGUCCUCCUGCUGCAGUGGUACAGAAUAUUUCUUCUAAAUUGCCAGCAAGCAUUCUGGAAAGUAAAUCCCUCUAUGAUAAGGUUGCUGCGCAAGGGGAGGUGGUUCGAAGGCUGAAAGCUGAAAAAGCCCCUAAGGCCAAAGUAAAUGAAGCUGUAGAAAGCUUAUUGUCCCUUAAAGCUGAGUAUAAAGAAAAAACUGGGAAGGAGUACAUACCUGGUCAGCCCCCAUCAUCUCAAAGAUCAGAUUCAAGUCCUGGACCAGCAGGAGCAGGUCCAGAAACACCAGAAGCCAAAGUACUUUUUGACAAAAUAGCUUGUCAAGGAGAAGUAGUUAGAAAACUUAAAAUGGAAAAGGCCUCUAAGGAUCAAGUAGAUUCAGCUGUAGAAGAACUCCUUCAGCUAAAGGCACAGUACAAGUCUCUGACAGGAGUAGAAUAUAAGCCUGUGUCUGCCACUGGGGUUGAGGACAAAGAUAAGAAGAAGAAAGAAAAAGAAAAUAAUUCUGAAAAGCAGAAUAAGCCUCAGAAACAAAAUGAUGGCCAACGGAAAGACACUUCUAAAGGCCAAGGGAGUGGGCUAUCAUCAAGUGGAGCAGGGGAAGGGCAGGGGCCUAGAAAGCAGACCAGGUUGGGUCUUGAAGCAAAGAAAGAAGAAAAUCUUGCUGAUUGGUACUCUCAAGUCAUCACAAAGUCAGAAAUGAUUGAAUACUAUGAUGUAAGUGGCUGCUAUAUUCUUCGUCCCUGGGCAUAUUCCAUUUGGGAAUCCAUCAUGAACUUUUUUGAUGCUGAGAUCAAGAAACUUGGUGUUGAAAACUGCUAUUUCCCCAUGUUUGUGUCUCAAGCUGCCUUAGAGAAAGAGAAGGCUCAUGUUGCUGGCUUUGCCCCUGAGGUUGCUUGGGUUACAAGAUCUGGCAAAACAGAGUUGGCAGAACCAAUUGCCAUUCGUCCUACCAGUGAAACAGUGAUGUAUCCUGCAUAUGCAAAGUGGGUGCAGUCACACAGGGACCUGCCCAUCAGGCUCAAUCAGUGGUGCAGUGUGGUGCGCUGGGAGUUCAAGCACCCUCAACCUUUCCUCCGGACUCGGGAAUUCCUUUGGCAAGAAGGGCAUAGUACUUUUGCUACCUUUGAGGAAACAACAGAAGAGGUGAUGCAGAUGCUUGAGUUGUAUGCUCGAGUAUAUGAAGAGCUCCUGGCAAUUCCUGUUGUGAGAGGAAGAAAGACUGAAAAGGAGAAAUUUGCAGGAGGAGAAUAUACAACAACAAUAGAAGCAUUUAUAUCUGCAAGUGGAAGAGCUAUUCAGGGAGCGACAUCACAUUAUUUAGGCCAGAAUUUUUCCAAAAUGUGUGAAAUUACUUUUGAAGAUCCAAAGAUACCAGGAGAGAAGCAACUUGCUUAUCAGUGUUCCUGGGGCCUGACAACGCGAACCAUUGGUGUUAUGAUCAUGGUUCAUGGGGACAACAUGGGCUUAAUAUUACCACCCCGUGUGGCUUCUGUGCAGGUGGUGAUUAUUCCUUGUGGUAUUACCAAUGCACUUUCUGAAGAAGACAAAGAAGCACUGAUGGCAAAAUGUAAUGAUUACCGAAAGCGGUUACUCAGUGCUAACAUUCGAGUCAGAGCCGAUUUGCGAGAUAACUAUUCUCCAGGUUGGAAAUUCAAUCAUUGGGAGCUCAAGGGAGUUCCGAUUAGACUUGAAGUUGGGCCUCGUGAUAUGAAAAGCUGUCAGUUUGUAGCUGUCCGACGAGAUACUGGAGAAAAGUUGACAAUUGCUGAAAAUGAGGCUGAAGCUACACUUCAAGCUACUUUGGAAGAUAUCCAAGUUAACCUUUUUACAAGGGCCUCUGAAGACCUUAAGACGCACAUGGUGGUGUCUAAUACAUUGGAAGACUUUCAGAAGGUUCUGGAUUCUGGAAAGAUUGCUCAGAUUCCAUUCUGUGGGGAAAUUGACUGUGAAGACUGGAUCAAAAAGACCACUGCCAGGGAUCAGGAUCUUGUACCUGGUGCUCCAUCCAUGGGAGCUAAAAGCCUUUGUAUCCCUUUCAAACCACUCUGUGAGCUGCAGCCUGGAGCUAAGUGCAUCUGUGGCAAGAACCCUGCCAAGUUCUACACCUUGUUUGGCCGGAGUUACUAAAGGACAAAACAAAAUCCUCUCUUCAAUCUUCCUCAAUUUUUAAGAAAUUGGUACUGAUAUCUUCUCAGAUACAGUUUUUUGAUUCUUUUUUUAAAAUAAAAGUUCUAACAGCUAUUAGAUGAACAACUAUUCUUAUGCCUAAAUUAAAAGUAGAAAAAAGACUUUUCUGUAAACAACCCCAUUAAUAAAUACUAUGUACU